GGCCGCAGCGGCGGCGCAGGCGUGAGUGUUAGCAGGUGUCCGGUCUAUGGAGUCAGUUCCCCGCGGCGUCGCGGAGGCAGGAGGUGGUGUCCGAGUGGGGGCCUUUGCCCCGCCAGGAUGUUACCGGGCUUGGCCGCCGCCGCUGCGGCCCACAGAUGUAGCUGGUCCUCCCUGUGCCGGCUCCGUCUGCGCUGCAGGGCGGCGGCCCACGGCUCCAGCGAGCGCCAGGAAUGGCAGAAUUUAGUGACAUUGGGAAGCUUUUCAAACAUGGUUCACUGUAGUCACCCAUAUAUUUGUACACUGAGUCAAGUGAAGUCAUACUCCACAAAUGUUCAGAAAGAAGGACAGGGAUCACAGACUCUCAGAGUGGAAAAAGUACCAUCAUUUGAUGAAACAGCAGAAAAUAUAGGCGCUGAACUGAAAGCUCCACUUAAGCAAGAACCUCUCCAAGUAAGAGUCAAAGCAGUCCUUAAGAAGAGGGAAUAUGGACCAAAGUACACUCAGAAUAAUUUCAUCACUGGAGUCAGAGCAAUAAAUGAGUUCUGCCUUAAAUCCAGUGAUCUAGAACAACUUAGAAAAAUCAGACGACGAAGUCCUCAUGAAGAUACCGAGUCCUUUACUGUAUACCUGAGAUCAGAUGUGGAGGCAAAAUCUUUGGAAGUUUGGGGAAGCCCUGAGGCUCUUGCCAGAGAGAAAAAACUGCGUAAGGAAGCAGAAAUAGAAUACAGAGAAAGGCUAUUUAGAAACCAAAAAAAAUUAAGAGAAUAUAGAGACUUCCUGGGAAACACCAAGCCACGGUCCAGAACAACAUCAGUUUUUUUUAAAGGGCCAGGAAAAGUGGUGAUGGUUGCCAUUUGCAUCAAUGGAUUAAACUGCUUCUUUAAAUUUCUUGCCUGGAUUUAUACCGGUUCAGCAAGUAUGUUCUCUGAAGCUAUACACUCUUUAUCUGAUACUUGUAAUCAGGGUUUACUAGCAGUGGGCAUCAGUAAGUCUGUUCAAACACCAGAUCCUACUCAUCCGUAUGGAUUUUCAAAUAUGCGCUAUAUUGCUUCACUAAUUAGUGGUGUUGGAAUUUUCAUGAUGGGUGCAGGAUUAUCUUGGUACCACGGAAUCAUGGGAUUGCUUAAUCCUCAACCAAUGGAAUCCCUUCUAUGGGUAAUCCUUUUUCCCCCCUCAGUUUUCAAUUUUUUUCUUGCUGAUAUGAAUGCUUUUCUUUCAGCAACACUUCUUGUUGCUGUAAAUGAACUUCGUAGGAGUGCUCGGGCCAAAGGAAUGUCAUUUUAUAAAUAUGUAAUGGAAAGUCGUGAUCCUAGUACAAAUGUUAUAUUACUGGAGGAUACUGCAGCGGUCUUGGGAGUGACAAUAGCAGCUACGUGUAUGGGCCUUACUUCUCUAACAGGUAAUCCACUGUAUGACAGCCUAGGUUCUUUGGGUGUGGGCACGUUAUUAGGCAUUGUCUCAGCAUUCCUCAUCUACACUAACACGGAAGCGCUCUUAGGGCGAUCCAUCCAGCCAGAGCAAGUACAACGGCUUACUGAACUCCUGGAGAACGACCCAUCAGUAAGGGCAAUUCAUGAUGUUAAAGCCACAGAUUUAGGAUUAGGGAAAGUAAGAUUUAAGGCAGAAGUAGAUUUUGAUGGACGAGUUGUUACAAGAUCAUAUUUGGAAAAACAAGAUUUUGACCAAAUGCUACAGGAAAUUCAAGAAGUGAAAACUCCUGAAGAACUAGAGACCUUUAUGCUUAAACAUGGAGAAAAUAUUAUUGAUACUUUAGGAGCUGAAGUAGAUAGACUUGAGAAAGAACUGAAAAAACGAAAUCCUGAAGUUCGACAUGUAGAUUUGGAGAUACUAUAGAUUUGAUGGAAUGAAUCACCUUGGAGGGAGCCUUGGACUCAAGUUCGGCGAGCCUGCUCUCCCACACCAAAGGAGUCCAUGCCAUUCAGAAGCUGUUUUUUUUUUUAAGAUGGAGGAAAUAUUUAAUGUGAAGGGCAAUUCAGCAGUCUACAGAACUAAUACUACUUCAUACUUCUAAGAGACAUUGCAAGUUGAAUCAAUUUGGAAAUCAUGUUUUUAUGUUUCAGUAGGGAACAUUUUAGUUAUUUAAAUUGUUCAUAAUUUUUCAUUUUACCCUGUCAGGGUGUAUUGUACCUUGCAAUCAUGUUUCCUUCCUUCACAUUGGUAAAAAUAAGCAGCAUCCAUAGGAUUAUGGUUUUUAAUUUUGUGACCACUGAAGAUUUCACUCCAUCAAAACCUGCCAAUCUUGAACAUUCUGGCUAAAUCUUGGUUUUUAAACAGUCACUCUGUUUUUUUUCUUAUAGAAUGUGGAAAUUAUUUCUACAUAAUCCUGCCCUGAGCACUAAGAGGAACACUCUCCUAACCUAGUUAUCCGUAAAUGUUCAUUCCAGAAAUGGCUUGGUUACUGAAUUGAAGGAAGACAUGUCAGUCCACUCUUUUAGGUUAUAGUAGUUGCCAUUUUGUAAAAUUUUUAUCUCUCCUUAACCUUUUUUCUUUAUUUAGUUUAAUUUUUCCAGUGUAGGAGAUACAAAAUAACCCUAGAUGUUUCCAUAGGCCAGUUUGAUGGCUGUUUUUUUUGUUUUUGUUUUUUAACUGGCUUCGGUGCCAUAAUGUGUAUUUACUAGGAGGUAAUGCAUUUAUAAGCAUUUUAACAUUCUGUAAAAUGAGUAGAAAUAUUUAUAAUUUUACAGACUGGACAGCAUUUUUAAUUUAUUUAAAAAGGCACUACUCAUGUAAAUCUGAACUGUGGGGUAUUUCUUGCUUUAAGAGACAGAGAAGUAAAUCUCUUCUUAUGCGGAAACUUGUGGCCCCGAUUUUGUAUAAUAUCAUAGUCAAUAGUGUGUCUGUAAUGUGAGUUUCUUGCAGUUAUAAAUGGACAUUUAACAUAGUAUAUGGCUAAAACAUUAUGUAAGUAAAUAGUUUUCUCUAAUGAUCAUAAGGUAUCUGGGUGAAAAAACAUACAAUUCAGUAAUAGAAAAUUUAGUGCAAAACUACAGCUGUGUCUCCAUUCAUCAAAACAACUCAUAUGCACUUUAAAUUGUUCAGGUAGCAGUGAGCAUUGUCCAGGCAGCAGUGAGCAUUGUCCAGGCAAGAGCGGUGGCUGGGUGAUUUCUUUGCUUGAUAAGUGAGUGUUUGACCUAAGGACCUAACUAAUUUAUAUGAGGUCAGUGUCUAAAAACUUACUUAGGUUCAAGUUUAUGAAUCACAGCAAAUUGUAAUGCUGGAAACAAAAAAUAAACAUUUGAUUAAAGGGUUUGUAAUGGUAAUUUUUUGAUCCAGAAAUGUCAUUUAUUGGAAAAUUAUGAAAAUUUAUAUCGGUGUACAUUUUUUUUUACCAUUACAGAGCAUUUUGCAUGUUGUACAUUUUAAGUGAAAUAACAUUCCAGUUUUAUUUUUUGAAGAUACAAAAUUGUUAUGUGUGUGUGUAUAUAUAUAUAUAUAUAUAUACAGGCAUACACACACAAUUUGAUUCUCUUCUUAUGGUUCAAAUUCUUUACCCCUCUUUUUUUUUUUUUAACUUUUUGACUCAUUAUACUUCACUCUAUACUUCUAAUGUCAUCUUCCUUCCCAUUCCCACUUGCCAUUUGUUAGUUAGUGUCACUGCCAAAUGGGAAGUUACCAAAUUAUAUCCGGUUUCCUCCCAGUAAAAUUACUCUGAAAAAUUUCACAUAGCUACACGAGAGUAAUUAACUCAUUUAGAAAAAAAUGUCAGAGUUGGUGUGCACAAGUUAUUCUAAAUGGUAGAUUUUUUAAGAAUUCCCUAAAAGAAACCAAUUCCUGAUAUUUCUUUGAGUUUUCUAAUCUGAUUUUGAUUGAGGUCAUGCCUAUUAAAUAAUAAUAGAAGGCUUAUGUUUCUGUCUUUCCAUUUCUGUUCUGCACUGAUGUUGUAAAGUUCAACAAAAUUUGACAUAAAGACGUACGGCACUAUCUAAGAAUUUGAGUAUUUCUGUGGAAUCAGGAAAUGUAUGCUAUCACUGCUCUGUUUGUUUUCUCCUUUUAAACUAGAGUCCAAUUUAAAUUCUAAAACCAGAGAAUUUGGGCCUCUUUUUUUAAAAAAUGAGAGAAUAUCUAGUUCAGGUUUCUUGUUUUUGUGUUUUUCCAAAUUAAUGCUUCUAACUUUUAAGUCUUGAUCUGAUGAUGCAUAGCAUUUGAACAUGUAAGCAUAUAAAUCUUAUAUUUUCAGGGGAAAUAGCUUCUGUGAUAGAAUAAUUGCAAAAGUAAGGUGGGACAGUGAGAAGGGCAGUCAAGGGCCCAUGACUCCUACUUGUACUAAGCUGACCUCAGGAACUCAAAGGUGAAUAUGCUUGUUUUCAGCCCUGGCUGGGAAUGGAUCUCCCAUCAGCUGUAAGUAGUAGGCCCCAAACUGUGGAAGGUGGCACAUUAUUAAUUAGACUAUGGCACUAGGGAGGAUGAGGGAUGGAGACCUAUUUUUAAGUGGACUGUCUUGGUGGCCAAAAAUAUCCAGUUCCAAAGAGGGAGAUUCCUGAACAUGUACUGAAGAAACUGAGAUAGGAUUAUACUGGAGAAUUUUCAAAAACAAAGUUAAUCUUUGCAUACAUCCUCCUACCCACACACCAAAUAACUCAGAAUUUUCUAACAAAAUGGUGUAAGACUUGAAUUUUGGGUAUAUGAUUUUAGUGUUACCUUAAUUAUCCCAUAAUUUGAAAAAUGCUUUUUGCUAAAAUUAUACAAUCUAAAGGAAAUGACUUAAGUUUUAAAUCUGAUAACUUUUUGAGGUAGAAUGCUGGGAACUACUGAAAAUUGCACAGGCAUUUAGAAUUUAUACUAUCUUUUUUAGAUUGUAUUUGUCAAGCUUUGGCAUUUCUUUUAAAUGUGAUGACCCCCAAUUUGCCAAACUGUCAGAAGUCAGUGAAGCAAAGAAUUGAAGGUAAAAUGUUGAUUCAAAGAUUAUCUCCCCUAAAUUCUUCAUCCCUGUGUCUGAAAUGGAAAUUUGGAAGGCAUUUAUGUAGAAGAUUGGUCUGGCAGCCUUUAUAUUUGCAUUAAGUUUACUAGCAUCCCUAGACUUUGGUUUUAUGGAAAAGAAAAUUUUUGUUUCUAUUAUAUUGUAUUUCAUCUGUCUGAUGUGCUGGCAGAUUAAGAUGGUCCUGGUCUCUCAGGAUGGUUUCCUUAAUAAAUGUCAUAUGUAAGUAAGAGCAGA